AUGUCUGAACAAAUGAAAGAGUGGUUAGAGCUUCCAAAUUUAUUUCUUAAAGAGGGGACGCAGUUUAUUAAUCGCUGCACAAAACCAGACAAAGAAGAAUUCUUUAGGAUUUGCUGGGCAAUUGGAAUUGGAUUUUUAGUGAUGGGAUUUAUUGGAUUUUUUGUUAAACUUAUACAUAUUCCUAUUAAUAAUGUCCUUAUUCCGUCAUAA